AACAUUCUGAUGUUAUCUUAAAACUGUAAUACUGAAACCGAAAAGCAUACGUUUUUUUUAAUAACUAGGACACUACAAAUAAGCGUUAAGGUCAUUGCGUUCUGUAUUCCUCACAGACAUGAACAUUGUGCAGAACAUUGCACUUAGAUGCUUCUGUUCUAAAUAUCCUCUACUGCGUUUACCUUUAGCUGGAUAUUUACAAGUUUCUCCUUUACGAAUCACCUACGGACAGCAGACGCAUUCCUCUAAACGUGACAUGGCAUCUUUUAGGCAUAAAAAUUCAAAAAGAAUUGAGGGUUUGGAUAAGAACAUUUGGGUGGCCCUCACUUCUGUGGCAGCAGACCCCUCCAUUGUCAACUUGGGCCAGGGAUACCCCGAUAUUCCCCCACCUUCCUAUAUAAAAGAAGGCCUGGCACAAGCAGUAGCAGUCGACAGGAUGAAUCAGUACACCAGAGGCUUUGGACACCCAUCUCUAGUCAAAGCACUGUCUCAGGUCUACGGAAAGGUGUAUGGCCGUGACAUCAACCCCUUUAGUGAGAUUUUGGUCACUAUUGGAGGAUAUGGCUCUUUGUUCAGUGCCAUACAAGGUCUUGUAGAAGAAGGAGAUGAGGUAAUAAUCAUUGAGCCUUUCUUUGACUGCUACGUACCUAUGGUGCGAAUGGCUGGAGGGAUACCUCUUCUAGUACCUUUAAGACUAAACUCGGAAAACAAAGCAAACAUCACCAGCGCGCAGUGGGUGCUGGAUCCCGAUGAACUAGCAAGUAAAUUUAACUCCAAGACUAAGGCCAUCAUAAUCAAUACCCCUAACAAUCCUAUAGGGAAGGUAUUCACUAAAGAAGAGCUGCAUAUGAUCAGUGAUUUAUGCAUCAAGUAUGACACACUGUGCUUCAGUGAUGAAGUCUAUGAAUGGCUGGUGUACAAGGGCCACACCCACACAAAAAUAGCUACUCUGCCUGGGAUGUGGGACAGAACAGUUACGAUUGGCAGCGCUGGGAAGACCUUCAGUGUCACGGGAUGGAAGCUCGGUUGGUCUAUUGGCCCUGAUCAUUUGAUUAAACACCUUCAAACAGUGAUGCAGAAUACCCUGUACACCUGUCCCACUCCUUUACAGGAGGCGGUGGCUCAGGGGUUUCUCCGGGAAUCUAAGCUCAUGGGAACCCCUGACUGUUACUUUUCCUCUUUGGCCAUGGAGCUGGAGGGAAAGAGAGACCGCAUGGCUGCCAUCGUGAGGACUGCAGGCAUGUCUCCCGUCAUCCCCGACGGAGGCUACUUCAUGAUUGUGGAUGUCACUGCAUUAAACCAAGACUUGUCACACAUGGGUGACGAUGAGGCAUAUGACUAUAAGUUUGUGAAGUGGAUGAUCAGUGAGAAGAAAUUGGCUUCCAUUCCUGUGACAGCGUUUUGUGGGGAGGCGUCCAAGAGGCAGUUUGAGAAAUAUAUUCGUCUGUGCUUCAUCAAGCAAGACAGCACUCUGGAUGCAGCAGAAGUUAUACUGAAGAACUGGAAUCAAAGUCCUUCUGUAUAGUAGAGCAGCCUGAGGAAGUUCAUUCAGCUGAAUGUAUGUGUUUUAGUCUGUCAGUGUACAGCUAUAAAAGCAUGUGGACGUACACUCACUGAGCACUUUAAUGGGAACAACUAUGCACCUGUUUUUUCAUGCUGUUAUCUAAUGAGCCAAUCAUGUGGCAGCAGCGCAGAGCAUAACAUCAUGCAGAUACAAGUCAAGAGCUUCAGUUAAUGUUCACAUCAAACACCAGAAUGGGGAAGAAUGUGUUCUCUGUGAUUUUGACCGUGGCUUGAUUGUUGGUGCCAGACAGCUGUUUUGAGUAUUUCUGUAACUGCUGAUCGUCUAGGGUUUUUGCACACAAUAAUCUCUAGUUUACUCAGAAUGGUGUGACGAACACUGCCGCUCUGUGGAUGGAAACGCAAUAUGGAUGAUAAAUCUUAGCGAAGAAUGGCCAGACUGGUUCAAGCUAACAGAAAGGCUAAAGGAACUCUGAUAAGAUUCAAGAUUCAAGAGGUUUAUUUGUCACAUACACAGUUGUACACAUACAACAUGUAGUGAAAUGUAACCUUGGUCACUCCAAGCAGCUGUGCAUAAUAAGAGAAUAAGAACAUGGAAAAAGGGCAAAAUAUAUAAUAUGAAGAUAAUAAAAAAUAUAUGAAAUAUAUUCAGUUGUACAUAAUAUUUACAUAAGUGACUUGCCUACAAUGAUUGUGCUGUGCGAUAUAAGUGCAAAAGAAACCACUAUGUAUAACUGUGGUGAGCAGAAAAGUGCAACGCUUUGAACCUUGAGGCAGAUGGGGCACAGGCAUCGGCAAAACCGGUCAGUGGAAGACUCAAAAAAACAUAGCUAGGUCAUAUGAAUCUCGAAUUGUGCUGUGGCACACAGAUGGCACGGCCAGAAUUUGGCGUCAGCAUUCAUGGAUCCACCCAGCCUCGUGUCAACAGUCGGGGCUGGUGGUGGUGGUGUACAGUAAUGGUGUGGGGAAUGUUUUCUUGGCACGCUUUGAGCUCGGUAAUACCAGUUGUUCAUCACUUGAAUGCCACAGCCUAUCUGAAUAUUGCCGCUGACCAUGUGCUCCCUUCAUGGCCACAUGGUCGUCUUCUAAAGGCUAAUUCCAGCAUGGUGACGCACCAUGUAAAAAGCAAAAUCUGUUUCAAACUGGUUUCAUGAACGUGACAAGCAGUUCAGUGAUCUUCAGUGGCCUUCCCAGUCACCGGAUCUGAAUCCAGAUCUUUGGGAUGUGACAGAUCAGGAGAUUUGCAGCAGGGAUGCACAGCUGACAAGAAAUUGUGUGAUACAAUCAUGUUAACAUGGACCAGAAUCUCAAAGGAAUGUUUCCAACAUCUUGUGGAAUCCAUGCCACAAAGAGGCUGUUUUGAGACCAAAAUGAGCCCCUACCAAGUAUUAGUAUAAUGUUCCUAAUAAAGUGCUCCGUGAGUGUACGUCUGCUAAAGCAUUAAAGUUACACUGGAUAUAAAAAGUGUACACUCUCCUGCCAAAAUGGCAGGUUUUUGUGUGAUUUUAAAGAUGAAACCAAGACAAAUCACUUAUUCCAUCUUUAUUGCAAAAUUGCAACCUAUACAAAGAAGUUGAAAACACACCAGACUGUGGAAAAAAUCAUUCCAAAUCCUGGUUGCUUUAGUGUGCACACCCCUAAACUAAUACUUAGUUGAAGCACCUUUUGAUUUUAUUACAGCACUCUGCCUUUUUGGGCAAGAGUCAGGUUGGCACAUCUGGACUUGGCAAUUUCUGCCCACUCUAGAUCUGUGAAAUUGCAAGGGCAUCUCCUUUGUACAGCUCUCUUCAGGUCACCCCACAGAUUUUCAAUUGAAUUAAGGUCUGAUAUCUGGCUGGGCCAUUCCAUAACAUUGAUCCUAAUUGGUGAGGCCAUUGUUUUGUUGAUUUGGAGGUAUGCUUUGGGUUGUUAUGCUGAAAGGUGAAAUUCUUCAUCUUCAGCUUCCUAGCAAAUGCUUGAAUGCUUUGUACCAGAAUAGACUGACUUUUGGAGCUAUUCCUGAUUCCAUUCACCUUGAAGAAAGGCACAGUUCCAGCUGAAGAAAAACAGCCCUAAAGCACAAUACUACCUCCAUCAUGCUUCACUGUGGCUGUGGUGGUCUUUUGAUGAUGUGCUGUUAUUUUUGCGCCAAACUUACCUUUUGAAAUGAUGGCCACAUCACAUCAUCAGAUCAUAAUGCAUUUUUACACAUAGUUGUGGGAGAGUGGAUAUACCUUUUUGCAAGGUUUCACUGGACGAGGAUGUUUUUCUUUUUGAUUAAAGGCUUUCAUCUCGCUACCCCUCCCCACAGCCCAUUAUUAAAGGGUGUGCACAUUUAUGCAGCCUGGUGUUUGGUGUAGAUUGAAAUUUUUAAAUAAAGGUGGGAUAAGUUCUGACUUGAUUUAUCUUGGUUUCAUUUUCUUACGUACGAACACCUGCCAUUUUAGCAGGGGUGUGCAGACUUCUUAUAUUCACUGUAAUUACAGGCUCUGUAACCGAUGUCUGAAUUCUCAAAAUGACUACAUGCAUACUUAAGAAAUAAUGUCUGUUUUUAACGUAUGAAUUGCUUUGAAGUAUUCAUUCAUAGUUCAUUUUAAGUUCUUUCUCCUAUUUACUGCUGUCAUAUUUAACAUGUAGUUGUCAUAAGUAAUAAUAUUAGUGUUUUUUUGUGGUUCACAAUGGUGAUAAGGGAGAAUUUUACUUUCUUCUUGACUACGGUUUACCAUUUCGCAGUACUGUAACUUGAUGGGGUAACCUGUUUCCAUUGGAUGAAUUAGCUGGCUAUAUUACUGUGCGUUCUGCCAGGUAGUAAAGGGAUUAAUUCUUUCCUCCAUAUCUGCUACAUGAGUCUAUAGAGGAACUAAGUGAUUGACAGCUUCUGCAUGUGAAGUGGCUUGUGCUGCUCAUUGCCCCCCCCCCCUCCCCCGGUGUAUGUGCCUGUGGGCUGUGGUCGGCUGUGGUGGCCUGGAGCCCCAUCCAAUGGGCGUCCUGCUUCAUUACCUCUGCUUCCUCUGAUAGGCUCCAGAUUCACCACAGCCCUGUAUGGAUAUGUGGUGAUGGAUGGAUGAAUGGGUGGAUAUAUCGAUUUUGAAGAUAUUAAUCUGCAAUAAACAUGGUGGUAUUGAAUAAACACA